UACUAUGGAACGCCUGGACUGUCUUAUCAUGGCAAAAAUAAAUUUGUUAUGUGCUUAUAUUAUUAUGUAGCGUGCUUUAAUCGUUAUGUGAUGUCCUUGUAUCAUUAUGUGGUGUGCUUUUAUCAUUAUGUGGUGUACUCCUUCUAUUAUGUGAUGUGCAUUCAUUAUUAUGGCGUGUGCAUUUGGUAUUAUGUGAUGUGCAUUUGGCAUUAUGUGAUGUGAAUUUGACAGUAUGUGAUGUGCAUUCAUCCUUAUGUGAUGUGCAGUUUUCAUUAUGGCAUGUGCAUAUAUCAUUAUGGCAUGUGCUUUUCUAAGUAUGUGAUGUGGUUCCGUCUUUACCGAAUGUACUUUUAAAGAUCAUUAUGCGAUAUGCUUUUUUCUUUACGCGAUGUACUUUUUUAUUCAUUACGUCAUGUACAAACAUCCUUUUGUUAUGUACAAACAUCAUUAUGUGGUGUGCAAACUUCGUUAUGAUGAUGUGAUGACGUCACACUAUCCGGGUCAUUUGGAAAAAUGGACGACAUUAAACUAAUUUUAAAAAACAUUGAUCUCCCAAAUUUAGCAAAUAACUUUGCGGAGGCAAAUGUAAACAACGUUGAUAUUUGCAAAAGUUUAAGCGAUGUAGAUCUAUCGAGGCUUGGAAUCGCCACGAUCGGCGAUAGGAUUCGUUUUAGGGAAGAGCUUAGACGCAUAUCACUUCCAUCUCAGAACAAUCAGCAUAACCAGCAUGAAAUACGAGCUUUAUUCAGACCAGUGAGGGGUACAUCUACAUCAGGAAGAAUUAAAAAGCAGAAGAAAAGAAGAACAUGGACCUGUGAAUUUAUUUGUCUGAGUGAAACAGAUGCGAUGAAAGUCCCAACAAGAGAGGAAAAACUUGCACUAGUUAAAGCGGUACUUGGCUCCAAAAAGAUCCAAUUUAAUGCAGAUGAUACAGAGGAGCUAUUUCAGCAGAAAUUGAUUGGUGAGGAUGGGUUCAGUAAGCUGAGUGACUGUGGUGGGUUUGAAAUAAUGAGAUGUAUAAGUAAUUGUAGAAACCUAGAAGUUAUUUCUUGUAGAAGAACCCCAGAAGUUAUGAAGUCCAUUGUGGGAUGUCAAAGUAAACUUUACAUCAGACCCAUACAACGUGCAUUGUCUCUUGAGGCCGACAAUUCUUUGUUAACAGAAGCUUCUGCUACCAUUACAGAAAAAUGUUGUCACUGUGAACAAAUAAUACCAAUAGAUGAACUCAGAGACCAUGUUUACACUUGUGUGCGAGAAAAGGAAUUCUGUUCAGAUCAGAUUAUGAAUAUUGUGAUAGAGUGCUCCUCGCCCCAUGAAUCUCAAUAUUAUUCAGAUGAUCUCCCUGAUCCUGAAUUUGACAUUUAUAAUGCUGCCCUUACAGCUACAAAUAAUACUGAUCAAUUAACUAAUUCUGCAAUCCCAGUACCUAGAUCCAAUGAGACAGUACCAGUUUUAGAGCCACCAGUUAUUCCAUCCAGUUCAAUUGCAUCAACAGCAGAAAACUCAGCGGAAACGUCGAGAACGGAAGCUAGGACAGAAUCAUACAUACAGGAACCUAAUGCAGACUUGGUGGGAUCAACAGGAAAUUCGGAUUCAUGGAAAUAUGAAACUAUUUCAAAUAUAAUUAAAUUUUGCUCAGAAAAAAAGAUUGAGGAUCCUAUUGAAAUUUUGAAAAUUGCGCAAGAUAAAAUUAUUAAAGGCAGAAAACUGGAACUAGAAUCUGAAAGUGGAACAAUAGAAGGAGCGACCAAUUUUAUUUUGGUGGACAGAGAGAACCUGUUAGAGACAGCAUUUGUUGAAAUAAAAGAGAUUGUUGAUCUCAGAAAUACAUUGGAAGUCCAAUUUUAUGAAGAAAAUGCUGUUGACCUUGGUGGGCCUCGCAGAGAAUUUUUUACAUUGGUAUUGAGGCAGAUACAAGAACAUUACUUUGAUCCUGUUCGGGAAUACUCAGACAAUUAUGAAAUAGUUGGAAAGAUAUUGGGUAAGAGAUUACAUGUGUUGACUAAAGUGAGGGCUUUAAGUAUGCUCCAAAGUGGACCUUUGCCAAGAGUGCUAUCAGCCAGUUUAGUUGAGGAGGUGUUUAACAAUUCUUCACCAAGGGCAUUUGUGCAUGAUUUACGAAGAGGACUGGAUGCAUUAUGUUUAUAUGAGCUGGCUUGUCAUCUUCCAACAUUUAUCCAUCUUUUUACACCUCGGGAUCGACAGAAAAUUACAUUAAAGCUGCUUACAAGCACAAUUAAACCACAGUUUUCUCCAGAAGGAAGUAAUAGAAGACAAAAAGAAAGCAAAAUUUAUGCAAAAUAUGUGAAAUAUUUGAGAGAGGCUGCAAGUGGUAGACGUGGGGAUGUUACUCUUGCAAAAAUUCUUCGGUUUUGCACUGGAUCAGAAGAGGAACCACCACUUGGUUACCAGAUUCAGCCAACAAUGGAAUUUGUCGAAAGACAAUCAUUCCUGCCAACAGGAAAUACAUGCAUCAACAAAAUGCAAUUAACCAUACCUGUAAAUGAGGAGCCAACAGAAGAUGCACUGUUCAACUUUUUUGACUUUGCGUUUUGCAAUUCGUACUUUGGUUUACAAUGAUUAAGUGAGCUUUUCAGACCACGCAAUGUUGUCCGCCUGUCCAUGGCAACUUUUUAUACACACUCUCUGUAGGAGAGGGGGUAUACUGUUUUACCCUUGUGUGUCUGUCUGUCUGUUUGUCCUUCAGUCUGUCUAUAACAGAAAUUUCGGUUGCAUUUUUCUCAGCAACUAUUCAUUGCAGGGGCUUGAAAUUUUAACGCACUAUUUGUUUAGGCAUGCCAUAUGUUGGGAUCUAGUUUUGUACCAAUCUUACAUCAACUUCCUGUUAAAUGACAACAUUUUUUAUUUUAAGCCAAAAUUUUCAAACAAAUUUUCCUCAAAGAUUACACAGCAACUUUUCAUUGCAGAUGCUUAACCUUAACACAGGCUUUGAUAAGGCAUGUUAUAUGAUGGAAUUCAUUUUUGUACCAAUUGGACAUCAAUUUCCUGUUAAAUGAUGACUUUGUGUAUACGUUUAGCCCACCGGUAAAUUUUAUUUUUGUCAAAGAUUUCUCAGCAACUUCCGGUAUUCAUCGCAGAUGCGUGAAAUAUUAAGACAUUCAAGUUUGUUUAGGCAUGCCAUAUGGAGUGAAUUAGUUUUUUAUCAUAAGUCAACUUUCUGUUAAAUGUUGACUUUUCUUUUCUUGCAUAUACACAUCAGAUCGGGGGUAUUACUAGUGAGCAUUGGUUCACGGAUAUCUUGUUCAUUUUCAAAGAUUACUUGUUUUAUAGCCUUCCACAUAAAAAAUGAAACUGAAUAUUAUAAAAGCUUGAUUAUUAAAGGCAUGCAGGUCUCUUUAAAAUUACCAAAAUUUUGCAAUUUUGAUCCCUGCCGCUAAGGUAUAGAUAAGUUGAGAUUCCUCAGAUUCUUGAACCCCACCCCAAGCCCAUUUUUACAGUUUUAAUUUUAAUAAAAACAUUAAUAUUUGUAUGAACUGUGUCAUGUUAAAGUUUGUCCUUGGACUGUGUCAUGUUAAAAUUGGUUCUUAGACUUCUUGUUUUGAAUAGAAACUUAAAUAUUUGUAUGAACUCUGUCAUGAUAAAGUUGGUCCUCGGACUUUUUGUUUCAAAUAGAAACUUUACUAUUUGUAUGAACUCUUGUCAUGUUAAGUUGGUCCUUGGACUGUGUAAUGUUAAGUUUGUCCUUGGACUUCUUGUUUUGAAUAGAUACUUUAAUAUCUGUUUUGAACUCUGUCAUGAUAAAGUUGGUCCUCUGACUUUUUGUUUCAAAUAGAAACUUUAAUAUUUGUAUGAACUCUUGUCAUGUUAAGUUGGUCCUUGGACUGUGUCAUGUUAAGUAUGUCAUUGGACUGUGUCAUGUUAAGUUGGUCCUUGGACUGUGUCAUGUUAAAGUUGGUUCUUGGAAUUCUUGUUUUGAAUAGAUAUACUUUAAGAUUUGUAUGAACUGUCUCAUAAGUUUGCUCAUGAACUUCUUGUUUUGAAUAGAAACUUUAUCAGGAUUUCUAAACAUUGACUUAAAUGAAAGUUUGUGUGGUAAAUGUAUAUUUUGUUAAAGGAAUAUCAGCAAAAAGUUGAAUAUCUUAAAGUUUUGUACUGAUGACAUGUUUGUCAAAUUGUUUCCUGUACAUUUCUGAUUUUUAGCUCACCAAGACGAAGUGUGGGGGGGGGGGGGGGGGGGAGCUUAUGCUACACACCUGACUACGUUGUUUAAUGUUUUUGGUGCAGCUCCUAUAUCUAAGUCAUUACUUGUCCUACCUUCACCAAACUUGCAUGGAUGGUACAUCUUAACCUACUUAAAUACUUUAUAGACUUAAAAUAUCAUAUUAGAAUAUGUCAGGCUUCACAGGAUUUGAUCACGUGACCAACCAACUUCGUAUCCGGUGAACAUUUUAAAUUGCUGUUUAUUUC